AGGGUGCCGGUGUGUGUUGAUGCCGCCAUAGGUGGAGGUUGCACCGAAGCAUGUUCGGAUUAAUGCUAUGAUCAUCACAGGCUCCCUGCCUGCGCCGGCCAACGUGACGCACUGAGAGUGAAGGCGCGCCGCACAUUGGAUUAGAGCCAGUGACAGCGGAGGGAUCACCAAGUUGAGAUGCUUUAAGAUCUUGUGAUUGUGUGAGGAGGAUGCUCCUGUCUCGCAGUUGUUAUGGUGUGUUAAGUUUGGACUGGAAAUAACGUAAAGGAGCGUGUUCCUCUAUCAGGGAUGUAUUUCCUUGAAAUGCAAUAAGAGAUCAGGUAAAGUGGACGUAGUUUUAGGGCUGUGAAGAGGUCUAUGCUGGGAGAGGAGCGAACAAAGCGUGCGCUAGGCUCAGUGCAUAUCUGGGUAAACAAAUAUGACGGCCGAUUUUGACGUUGUCUUAUGUCUGCUGAUGAGCAACCAUGUCCCUGACAGAAUGACAAAUCUCGGAUGAAUUCUGGGGUGUGAUUAGGUAACUAAUUGCGUUUUUAUUUUGGAUGAAGGGGGAUCUAAUCCAGGUGGCGCAUCUCUCUCCCCGGUUGCGCGUAAUGGGAGAAAAGUUUCGGACCUUGCAGAGGAGACGCACUCGCACCAUCCUGCCGACGGCGCGCUUUUAAAUAACAUGAGAAUCCUGCUCUUCUGCCCACGGACGACCAAGUUUGAAAGUGAAUUUCAGCCACCCGGUAUGACUUGAAAUACCCCUGAGGUUAUCGGAACUUGCAUUAAGCCAGUUAACGAUCCAUGAACCGCCGACCCGAUUUGUUUAAAGACACACAGACGGACAUUAAUGAUCUAGAGAGGAUUUUUGCAGCAGCAGCAGCAGCAGCGCAGUGACAGCCCGAUCUCAGUCCGAAGGAGAGAGAGAGAGAUUCCUCUGGAUGCCUAUGAUGUUGUGCCAGCUCGGGCAGAGGUGUGUGAUGGAGUUGGUGGUGCUGACCAUCCUGUCCUGGGUGUCCGUGUGGGCAGAAGAGAAGAUCAUAUUUGACAGACACGCAGUUUACUGGAACAGCUCCAAUCCCAAGUUCUGGCACGGAGAGUACAGAGUGGCAGUGAACAUCAAUGACUAUCUGGACAUCUACUGUCCUUACUACGAGGGGCCUCCAUCCCAUGGACGCAUGGAGCGCUACAUCCUCUUCAUGGUCAACCAGGAGGGCUACAAUUCCUGUCAGCACAGGAUGCGCGGCUUCAAGCGCUGGGAGUGCAACCGUCCCAGCGGUCCUGAUGGACCCCUGCGCUUCUCAGAGAAGUUCCAGCUCUUCACUCCCUUCUCCCUGGGCUUUGAGUUCAGGCCUGGACAGGAGUACUACUAUAUCUCGUCUCCUCAUCCAAACCAUGUGGGGCGGGCAUGUCUAAAGCUGAAGGUGUAUGUUAGACCUCCAGAUGGGUCGGGAUAUGAUUCGCCGGAGCCCUUCCUGACUGAUGGCAGUCCAGGCCGGAGGCUAGGGUCCAUGGCCCUUUUAGCUGUUUUGGCCUCUCUUGUCCUGGGAUUCUUCUCCUGGCUGUGACCGUUAUCCCUCUUUUCCUGGAGCCCCCACCCAGGGUUUGCUGGAUUGGGCUUGCUGUCCCUCUAAGACCACCACCCCUCAGGGAAGCCUUCUGUUUCCACCACACCCUUGCCCAGAUCCACCUUUAUACCCCCACUGCCAGCCUCCUCUGUGGCCCAGCCACGCACAUCCUUACUAGGCCUGACUAACAGAGCUGGAUGUUGAACUGCCUGUGAAGAUGCCCUUCAACUCUGAUCCCUGAAUUCUGGGUGGAACAACACCUCUCGGCUGAAAAACACAAGGGAAAUGUUUCUGUACUCAUAUCAAGGGGUCCUUUUGAUUUGACUAUUGACUCUUGGCCACUGAUGGGGUGGACGUAGCCAUGGCUGUGAUUAAACUUGUCAUUCCAGUGCAAUUCCUAUCAUUCAAUCAUAGCAGGAUGAAUUAAGUGAUAGGCUUGUGAUGCACAAAAAUUGGAUUUCACUCACAUUGCUAUCCAAUCCUCAGACCAAGAAUUGGAAGUGGCCAAGUUUGCAUUGUAAUUGGAAUUCUAAACUAUCUGGAGGAAUUCCAUCUGCAGCAAGAAUAAGAGCAGAUGUACAGAGAUGGAGAGGAGGAAAGUGCAGCGGCCUGUGCAGAAAACAAUGCAGGCACAGAUUUAAAUAAAUGUUGCCAUAUGGGAAAUGUAAUAUUAUAUGUGUUGAUAUUUUCAGACCCAGUGUAGAUUCAUAGCACUGAUAUAAAAAUCAUACAGUUAGAUUUUUUUUGCAUGAGAAGCUCAGAUAUCACAUUAUAAUGACAAGUAUAACCAUAGCCUGUUUCAGUGGGAGGAUUAGGUGUGUGUGUGGGGGGGGGGGGAAUGUUCUGAGUGGAUGUGGUGCGGUGUAUAUUUUCAGGUGGGAUGUGUUUUUGUCUUAUUCAUGUUUCUAAACAAAGCAUUUAUCACAGCCUGGCCAGCACAGGAGCCCUCGGCACUGUCUAACGUCGACUGGGUCGGGUGACUUCUGGAAGCAUGACUUUCUCAUGUAUGAAUGUACCACUGGUCGCCCAGUCUCUCUGUAUUAUUAUGACUGUGGUCACUUACAGUACCGUCUCUCAGACUGACAGGAUGAAUGGGUCGGGAGUCUGCGGGAUGGCGGGUGGGAAGGUGUGAAGUAAAGACGAACAGAGAACAGAUGGGAAAAGUUGCAUGACCACUGUGAAACCUUCAGAUCAAUCUUGUUUGUAACGAUGAUAUAUUUUUUCAUGGUGAAGAUCAGAAACACCCUGCUACUGCUCUCUCGCUCUUCCCUAAGACUUAUUCAGACAUCAAAAGGAAAAUUCAACCUCUCUCCUCGCACGGUUUCUCCUGUCUGAUUUUCUGUCAAUGAUGGAUUAACUUGGGCUGGGAGAUAAAUGGACUCACUGGGUGGAUCUGAGUGGAAAUCAGCCCUCAGAGCCCAGGCCAGAUCACAGUGGACAUAAAUACUGACUCAAGCUGGACCGAGGUCUGAGGGUAAACCAAUAAGAGAAACACACAGACUGGCACAAACGAGACAAGGUGUGUGUGGUAGCAUCAAAAAACACACACGCACACGUACAUUCACACAUAUACACAUACAUACACAGUCUUUGAUAAUGAAGCUGUUCCUCUGAAACUGCGAGAGCAUUCACGGACAUGACUAUAAAGGGAACAGCACAAAGAAAGAACAAGCAGAUGAGGGAGAUGGAGGGAGAGAAAGUGUGAGUGCGUCAUGGGAAUGAGACUUUAAUGUUGGGAAGCGAACACGAUGAGUAAGCACUGUGAACACACACACACACACACACACACACACACACAUACACACAUGAUGAUCCAUGUACAGACACACACUGACAGACAUGUAGAAAAGGACAUGGCAUGCACACACAUGCACGGGGUGACACACAAGAAAACGUGAACAAGGGGAAGCACUUCCUUCCCUGUUUUAUCUUAUUUUUGUAGCAUUUAAAAUCACUGUUAAUUACUCCUGUGUGGGAUGCAGUGAUGGGAUAUAGCCCGUGGAAGUUUUAAAAAAAAAUGUAUUCUUUUCUUCUAUUCCCCUGACGGUGUCCUUCUCUUCUUCUUCCUCUUCUUCUUCUUCUUCUUCUUCUUCUUCUCUGGUUUGUGAUCCAUGGUUGGUAGUGGUAGGAUGCCUCCAGGUCUGAGCGUCAUGUAUGAGUUUGUCUCCUUUUCUGUUUGUGCUGUUUUUGUGGAAGCUGACCUCAGUCAUUAAAGUCAGUCAGUCAAACACAGAAAUCAGAGCAAGGAGAGAAACACACAAAUAAAGAUUGUCUUUUUGUCUACUUAAAAACACAAGCCGAGUUUAAUUUCUUCAGUGGAGAUGUGAAUUAAUUUUCAUUUGAUAUGACAUGUAUUAAACUGCACCUGGGUUUUUAUUUAUUUAUUUUUUUUCCCGGUCUGUCUUCCUCUGACGUCAGAGUCUUGGGACAGUGAGCGCUGAGGUCUGCCAGUCAAAGCAUGAAAUUAUUCCAAUGAAAUCACCCUCUCCAAGCUUUAGCUGUUUCUCCCUCAGCGAUGUGACAGUUAAUCUGAACUGCUGACAACAUGGAGACUGAGUAGCUUGAUAGUCUUUCCUCUCUUGUUUCCAGCAGGGUGACCUACCACUGAUGGAUUCUUCAGUACAGUUUUGAGGUACAGUAUUUGAACUUUACUUGAGGAUUUUCAUGGUCUGAUAUUGUACACUUAAGAUGGAAAUGUUGUACUUUCUGGUAAUUCCAUUACAAUUAUUUUUUGGCUUUAGUUUACUUUUCAGUUGGGGAUAAAACAUAUAAAGCACACUGUUUAAGAAGUAACCAUGGAUUCCCAGCAGUUACAGAAAACUGUGUAGCCUCUCGCCACAUUUUACAUGUUUAUGAAAGUAUUUCCAUCCACCUGUUUUGAUGCAUAUUUUCAAUUUGUGCAUAAAACAUAACCUGAUACUUGAAAUUUGAAAAAGUCAAAAUAUUGCAAAAAUGUUUUUCUGUAUGUGGAAAAGUUGGCGCUGACUUUUUGUAAAACUAACGUUCCUUAAAUAACAAACGGCAUGUUUCCAUCACAGUUUCCACCUUUUGAGGUUUGACUGG